AUGAAGGGCCUCUGGCUGCCGACAUUAUGGGCUCUCCUUGUGCUGGUCCUGGGCUUUGGCCAAAGCCUGCCCUCGGCUGAGGUCAUUCACAGCAUGGGCAAACGUGGCGUGGCACGAAGAGGUGAAACCCUUACGAAGGAAGAAAUUGAGAGUGGCAGCAGCUUGUAUGAGCAUGCCAAGGGCAACAGAAUAGCAAACUCGCAAUAUGUGUCGACGGCUUCAGAUCCGGCCCUGGGGUUGCGGUUCGGUCGCGGUGGGGAUCAAAACGGCGAGUCAAACGGAUACCUCUAUCGCAUACACGCCGAUACAAAAGCCAUCGACGUGGAUGCGUCCCUUGGGCGGUACAGCCCCUACAAAGGCCAAACAGAGCAUGCAUUCAUAGGGGGCAUCCCAUUCGACCAAAUCGAAGGCUGGUACGAAUUGAAGGGGAUCAAAGACACAGACGUACUCGAAACGAUUAAGCGAGGAGAGUCUCCGGGGCGUGUAGAAUUCAUUAAGAGCCCCAAGUUUAACGAAGAAAAGUAUCGCAAUCAGAAAGGAAGCGGAGCACAGCCUCAGAUCGCCGGGUUUCCUGAGACCUCUGACGCAUGGAAGGAAAAGCCGUGGAACCAAUACAAGGACCAGAAAGUGUUAGAUAAUCUGGGCAAUUUCUAUUGGAACAAGGUAUGUGGAGGCACAAGCUGCAACAAAGACUUCCAGCCUCUGUUUCUCAGCCGCUGCCCCAACCAGAUGCAGGCAAAGAUGGAACCGGCCAACAAGAACCAAGAGGCCAACAAGAACAACGGCGAAAAGACAACGGGACCCCCGGCCGACAACAAACCCCCAGCCAACAACAAACCGCAGCCGCAGCCCGAUAUAAACCAACAGGGGAAUACCGGAAAGCCCGGUCCCGAGCCAGAUUCCGAACCGGUCAAGAACCGUCCGCAAAAGCUCUGA